AUGGAGCCCCAAGGUAGCAUCGCCUUUAGCACCGUCGGAUUGCCCCAGUACGGUUUCGACGUCUUCUCCGUCCCGGUUCCAUCCAACCUCGACGCCGCCGCCGCCGAACACCUAACUGAUCGACGGCACACCGACGGUCGAUCCGUCAAUUUCAACGGUCAGUUCAUCGACGAGGGCGACGCCGUCGCCUUUGUCUCCGAGCGGAGCGGGUCGGCCCGAAUAUACCGUUCCGAUUCGGCAGACCACGCGCCAGAGUUGCUAGCUGGCAUCUCCGACAGCCUAUUCCAUGACCGCCCGACGGUGAGAAAUGGACUGGUUUUCUUCGUCUCGGCGCACGAGCGCCCCGCGGAGCCGUUCAAGAGCUGGUCCGCGGUGUACUCGACGCGGAUCGACACGGGCGAGCGAUUCCGGCUCACGCCGGCCGGCUUCGCCGACAUGAGCCCUGCUAUUUCGCUUUCCGGCGAGCUUGUCGCUGUCGCCUCCUACGGCUCUGCUUCCUGGAAAGGUGACUUCCACGAGCUCGCCACAGAGAUCGUCGUGUUCAGACCCUCGGACCCCUCACGCCGCUUCGUCAUCUGUGACCACGGUGGAUGGCCGACGUGGGCCGGAGAAUCCACGUUGUUCUUCCAUCGGAAGGCUGAGGACGGUUGGUGGAGUAUCUACAGGGCAGAUAUCACGGCGGAGCUCGAGAAUGCCGGUGGCCCUGACGCUGCCCGCCGUAUCACCCCUCCGGGGGUUCACGCAUUCACCCCCGCAGCGGCGCACGACGGAAAGCGAAUCGCCGUGGCGACGCGAAAGAAAGGCACAAUUUAUCGCCAUAUCGAACUAUUCGAUCUGGAAUCCGAGAAAUUCUACCCCAUCACAGAACGGAUAAACCCUAAUCUCCACCAUUACAAUCCCUUUUUCUCGCCGGAGUCGGGUUUCCUAGGAUUCCACCGCUUCCGCGGUGAGUCCUCCGGAGGCGACUCGGUGGUGCCCCAUCUCCAACCGGUGCGCUCCCCCGUGAAUGGGAUUCGGAUGCUCCGCCUCCACGGUUCGUUCCCGGCCUUCUCCCCUCACGGCAAAUUCAUCGCCAUGAACGGCGACUUCCUCACCUGGCCGGGCUUGCUCGUCGUCCGAUCCGAUGGCUUCAAGCGUUGGACGCUCUUGAAGGAGCCGUCGGCGUUCUACACGGCGUGGAGCCCGACGGAAAAGGGGGUCAUCUACACAUCCCUCGGUCCUAUCUUCCACUCCGCCAAGGCGACAGUCCAGAUCGCCCGGAUCACCUUCGACCCCGCAGAUCUUGAUGACGAAUCGCCGGCAGGGGAGGUGAAAACAGAAUUGAAGGUGCUGACACGCGCGGACGCCGGCAACAACGCCUUCGCGGCCUGUUCUCCCGACGGGCGCCACCUCGUGUUUCGCUCGGGGCGGUCCGGCCACAAGAAUCUCUACAUCGUGGACGCGGUCGAAGGGGAGUACGGCGCGGGAGGCGCCCGGCGACUGACCGAAGGCGAAUGGAUCGACACGAUGCCGGCGUGGUCGCCGGACGGCGAGCUGAUCGCGUUCUCCUCGAACCGGCACGACCCCUCCAACACGGACGCGUUCGGCAUCUACCUGGUGUGGCCGGACGGCACGGGGCUGCGCCGCGUGUACGUGGCCGGGCCGGAGGGGUCGGCGGAGGCGGCGAGAGAGAGGAUCAACCACGUGUGCUUCAGCCCGGACUCGCAGUGGCUGGUGUUCACUGCCAACCUGAGCGCCGUGACGGCGGAGCCGGUGUCGAUGCCGAACCACUUCCAGCCCUACGGAGACCUGCACAUCUGCCGGCUCGACGGGAGCGGCCUAACGAGGCUGACAUUUAACGGCUACGAGAACGGAACGCCGGCGUGGGGCCCGUUGGGCGGGCCUCUUCCCGACUUGGGUUCCCUCUCGCUGCUAAGGCAAGAUGACGACGCCGGGGAGAAGCUUCGCGGCCAGUUCGAUGAACCGCUGUGGAUAACAUGUGAUAUCUAAGUUUUGGCUUAAUUAUGCAGUUUCUAAGUUUUCAAAUAUACAUCUCAUGUAACAAUAAGUGUAACAUCUCUGUCACAUUCACGCUGUCAGUUUACUGUUAUUUUAAUACUAAAUUACACUGUUAAUUGAGUGUUGUUUGCAUGCUUAA